AUGACACAACUUGACGACCAUAGAACACAGUCUUUACUUGGAAUGGUUGAUGAAGAAUCAACAGCAUAUGGUGGUGAACUUGUUGCUGAUGUUCUUAAAGCUCAUGGAAUUCCUUAUCUAUUUUGUUUAUCCGGUGGUCAUAUAUCACCAAUUUUAGUUGCUUGUGAAAAACAUGGCAUUCGUAUUAUUGAUACUCGUCAUGAAGCAAAUGCUGCAUUUGCGGCUGAUGCAGUUUCUCGUUUAAGUGGUAAAAUUGGUGUUUGUGUUGUUACUGCUGGACCCGGUUUAACAAAUACUGUAACAGCAAUAAAAAAUGCUCAAAUGGCUGAAAGUCCAUUAUUAUUAAUUGGUGGUUGUGCAGCUAAUUUAUCUAAAGGACGUGGUGCAUUACAAGAUAUUGAUCAUAUGUCUGUGUUCAAAUCAAUAUGUAAAUAUACAGUUAGUGUUAAACGUGUUCGUCAAAUUCCAAAUCUACUUCGAAAAGCUAUUUGUAUUGCACAAUCAGGAACACCAGGACCAGUAUUUGUGGAAUUUCCAAUAGAUGUUUUAUAUCCAUUUUAUUUAGUUGAAAAUGAACUUGGAAUAAAACCAAAUCCAAGAGCAUUAGCUGAUAAAAUAGCAAAUUUAUAUUUAUCAACAUAUAUACGUGGAACAUUUGCUGGAGCUUUUGAUGAACAAAUACUUACACCAAUACGACCACAAAUACCUUAUGCAUUAAAACAAUCGAUUCAAAAAGCUGCUCAACUUGUUCAAAAAGCAAAAUCUCCAGUUUGUUUAUUAGGUAGUCAAAGUACUCUUCCACCAACAUCAACAAGUGAUCUUGUUGAAGCACUUGAAUCAAUGAAUAUUCCAUGUUUUCUUGGUGGAAUGGCACGAGGUUUACUUGGUAGAAAUAGUUCAAUACAAUUUCGUCAUUGUCGUAAAGAUGCAUUAAAAGAAGCUGAUGUUGUUCUUUUAAUAGGAACUGUUUGUGAUUUUCGUCUUGGUUAUGGAAAAGUUCUUUCGAGAAAAUCGAAAAUUAUUAUUGUUAAUCGAAAUUCUACUAGUUUAUAUCAAAAUAGUGAUGUCUUUUGGAAACCAACAUUAGCUAUUGAAGGUGAUCCAGCUGAUUUUAUUGUACGAUUAAAUAAAUAUUUAUUAGAAAAAAAUUAUAAAUGUUCUAAUUCAUGGAUUGAAACUCUUCGAAAUAAAGAUAAUAUUAAAGAAGAAAUCAAUCGGUAG